UUCUUCUUAGCACAUCCCAUCUUACUUACCCCUAACUAACCCUUACCCACCAGCUUCCAUAAGAACCUAAACCUAAACCCAAACCCAAACCCAGCCACACAACCAUGCCCUCCGGCCACGUCCAAGCCACCGUCGGCGACACCGUAGUCGCCGAGUCCGAGACCUACGAGCUAGUCGAGGGCAACGUGUACUUCCCGCCGUCGUCCCUCAAGCCCGAGUUCUUCAGCAAGACAGACCUGCACACGCACUGCGGGUGGAAGGGCGACGCGGACUACUACACGGUCAAAGUCGGGGAUACGGAGCUUGCGAAUGCCGCGUGGUACUAUCCCGCGCCGUUUGACAAGGCCAAGCAUAUUAAGGACUAUGUCGCUUUCUAUAAAACUAAAGUGGACGUGACAGCAGUAUAAAUAAAUCUUGGUAGUUUUAUAACAUCUUGAACUCUGGUUGCGGAAGGUGAAAUUAAGGUGCCAGUAGUAUUUAAUAGAAACAACAGAUAGGAGAGUGGCUUUACCGAUAGUAACUCUACGUAUAAUCAUAUCGAUAUUGACUCGACUAUACAUAAUUCCUCACUUACCUCCCACCCUCAAAAUCAUUUUUAUAUUCUACCGGACUUCUCUCAUUAAAAAAAAUUAAAUCACACCCUUCGAAAUCACAACCACUCGCUAGGUAGUAAAGUUGUGUAUAAAAAUGCUAUACCAGAGCUAGCUACAAGAAUCAAAUAGGACAAGUACCUUAGGUAGCUAGACGAAUAGAAAAAAAAGGCAACGAUUGAA